GUUACACGCAGCUGCACCGAAACUAAACCCGGACGUGUUCUCCGUCGAAAAAUCGGAUUUGAUAAUCGGCGAUAGGAAAAAAAAAAAAGGAAAAAAAAAGAAGAGAACGCAAAACCCAACGCACACAAGAAGUCGGCGUUCUCAGCACCGCCGAACCCUAUUUCACCGAUUUCUCCUACAUAUCGAAAUUUGGAUGGUCCAAAACUCCAUUUCUGAUUGGAUCGAUCGCUGUUUGGAGGCAGUAUGUGGUGAUUUUGCAGGUUUGGUUUUGUGAUUCCUGGUUUUCUCGGUGACGGAUUGUGAACUGAUCGGCGCUUUGGUAUCUUAGAAGGAUUGAAGAUGGAUUUGGUAGCUAGUUGCAAGGAUAAAUUGCAAUAUUUUCGAAUAAAAGAACUCAAGGAUGUUCUCACUCGGUUGGGUCUUUCGAAACAAGGGAAGAAGCAGGUCUUGGUCCUGUUGGAAAGGAAGAUGUGGCCAAACUGGUUGAAGACACAUACAGGUGCGUGUAUUUAUUUGUCAUAACUAUAAUAUAAUUUGGUUGGCAACAUUUAGAAGGUAUGUUGCUCUGUAUUUCCUUUUUAUCGCCAAUCAUUUUUGAUGGAGUACACAUGUCUAAAUUUCUUACAUUCUAUUGGGCACCCAUUAUAUCCAGUGAAGUUGGCUUUUACCAAUAACCCAACUGAUGGUACAAACCCAGUUCAAAGUGUGGAGAAGACAUUUCCACUCACAAGAGAGGAGAAGGACUUGGUGACAAAACAAGAGUAUGAUGUUCAGGCAUGGUGCAUGCUCCUGAAUGACAAAGUUUCAUUUCGGAUGCACUGGCCUCAGUACACAGAGUUGCAGGUCAAUGGUGCACCCGUUCGUGCUAUUUUUAGACCUGGCUCACAACAGCUAGGGGCUAAUGGUCGUGAUGACGGUCCAAUUAUAACUCCGUUUACAAAAGACGGAAUCAAUAAAAUUACCUUGACUGGAUGUGAUGCCCGUGUCUUCUGUUUAGGUGUUAGACUGGUCGAGCGUCGGACAUUGCAACAGAUUCUUGACAUGAUUCCGAACGAAUCUGAUGGUGAACGGUUUGAAGAUGCUCUUGCUCGUGUUUGUCGUUGCAUUGGUGGUGGAACUGCAGCAGAUGAUGCUGACAGUGACAGUGAUAUUGAAGUUGUUGCAGAUUAUUUUGGUGUCAAUCUACGUUGUCCAAUGAGUGGUUUACGAAUGAAGGUGGCUGGACGGUUUAAACCAUGUGUUCACAUGGGCUGUUUUGAUCUUGAAGUUUUUGUGGAGCUGAACCAACGUUCUAGGAAGUGGCAGUGCCCCAUUUGUCUUAAGAACUACUCAUUGGAGAGUAUUAUAAUGGAUCCUUAUUUUAAUCGAAUCACAUCCAAGAUGAGGAACUGUGGAGAAGAUGUUACAGAAAUUGAAGUGAAGCCUGAUGGGUCUUGGCGUGUAAAAGCUAAAACUGACAGCGAUCGCAAGGAACUUGGAGAUCUUGUGCAGUGGCACAAUCCUAAUAGUACGUUGUGUGAGGUUAAGCCAAGCAUUGAAAUGUCAAAGCAGAUUAAAGAAGAAGGUGCUGAAGAAGUUCAUACUGGCUUGAAAAUUGGAAUCAGGAGGAGGAACCGCAAUGGCACCUGGGAAGUUAGCAAACCUGAAGACGUGAAUACCUCUUCUGGUAAUAGGUUAAGGGAUAACUUUGAACCUCAUGGGCCAAAUGUUAUCCCAAAUGUUAUCCCAAUGAGCAGCAGCGCCACUGGCAGUGGUAGGGAUGGUGAAGAUCCAAGCGUAAAUCAGGAUGAUGGGACCGAUGAGUUUAACACCAAUGGAAAUGAACAUCAUUCUAUGCCUUUUAAUACAGAUAUAGCAUAUGGUUUUAUUGACCAAAAUCAUUCUGCAGCAGCAGGAAAUGCAGAAGUUAUUGUUCUUAGUGACUCGGACGAAGAGAAUGACAUAUUAAUAUCUUCUACAGCUGGUUAUAAGGACAAUCAAACUGAUACUGGUGGAGUUUUUUCAGUUGCUCAAGGAAUUUCCCAUUCAUAUCCAGAAGAUCAAACCCUUCUGAGUGGCGGUACUUGCUUGGGUCUUUUCAAUGGUCAUGAUGAUGAAUUUGGGAUGUCCUCAUGGUCGUUACCUCCUGGAACUCAAGAAGGCGGAGGGUUUCAACUAUUUAGUUCAGAUGCAGAUGUCUCUGAUGCCUUAGUUGGUUUGCAGCGUGGUUCCAUCAAUUGUUCCACAUCAAUGAAUGACUACCUAUUCGCUCCAGAAAACUCAAUGGUGUCUGCAACUCUUGUUCCAGGUUCUUCUGUUGUUGGUCAGGGUGAUCAAGAAAUAAAUGAUGGCUUGGUUGACAAUCUAUUAUAUGGAGAUGAUCCCUCUCUUCAGUUAUUUCUUCCACCACAGCCUUCAGGUGCAUCAGUGCAGUCUGAUAUGAGAGAUCAAACUGAUGUAUCAAAUGGCAUCAUCCGUAGUGAUGAUUGGAUUUCACUUAGCCUUGGUGGUGGUGCUAAUGGUGCUAAUGGUGCUAAUGGUGAGUCGGGAACUGCAAAUGGCUUAAAUUCAAGGCAGCAGAUACCUUCCCAGGGAGGUGAUAUAGAUUCCUUGGCGAAUACUGCUUCGAUGCUUCUUGGUACAAAUGAUGUUAAAUCGGACAAAGCAAGUAGACCAAGAUCAGAUAGCCCUUUCUCAUUUCCUCGCCAAAAACGUUCAGUAAGACCGAGAUUUUAUUUUUCUAUUGACUCGGACUCUGAGUAGUUAGACCCUAACUUGGUUAAAAUGAUUGAUCCUCCCUCGUGAAUUCUAAUGGAGAAGAAGGCAAGUCACAGAGUCAUUUUUUGAUCGGUCUUGGACAAAGUCAACAAAGCAUUCAUGUCUGCACAUAAAAUCAUCCUUGGAAGAAUACCCAGCUUAAGAGAUGCCCAAAAGAGAACUGUAUUUGAAAAUAUUGUGCUGCCUCCUGCAGAACUUUUUGUAAAAUGGUGAGCUCUGGCCUUAUGUCUGCCUUGUUGUCUCUACAUUUACAAAAGUAGUGUUUCUGAUUCUGUGCAAUGUAACAGGGUUGUUACAAGCACUUUCGCCCACAGACAUUGUUCCAUUGGUUUAGAUUAUUGGAGGCAGUGGAGAAACCCCACCCUGAAGUGAUACAAGUAUAUCCUAACUCUCUCGUCUCCGCUUUAAGAUGAGAUCAAAUUUGCUGUACAUCUUUCACUCAGAUCCAGUUACUUAUAGAAAAAUCUCGUUUUCAAUAAUGGAUGUCUCUUCCAUGCUAAUUCCCUUCUACCUCUUUUGUUCCAUGUCUUAGGCGCAUUUGUUCUUCUAUUUCAAAGAUACUCCCCAUGGAGGUCAAGAUUCUCUGGGAAAUUUUAAGUUUCUAGUUUGAAUUGCCUAAACCACGUUAGGUCUGAUUUGGUCAUUCUGUUUUCUCACUCCUUUUUUACUUCUUUUUUUUUUUUUUUUUUUUUUUGGGGGGGGGGGGGUGUUGGGUUUAGAUUAUGUCAUUUAGGAUUUAUAGUGUUCGGGUUUUUGAAUGGUAUAUGGGGAUGAAGUGUUAGGGAUUUGAUGCACUUUUGAGUUUUAUUUCUUUUUUUUUUGGGGGGGGAGGGUGGUAGUUCGAGUACAUAUUUCUUCCCAGUUUUGUUUGGGGGCAAUAAUGCCAUUAUAACGGUUAUGGGUUGAUGAAAUUCCAUAGGUCCUCUUAUCCACAUUAAAAAUAUUCUUAUCCA